AUAAAUAUCCAGCAGACAUACAGAGGGAGAAGCUGAAGUUCCUCAGCUCCGAACUCUUUUCUGGAGAGAAGUUAAAAACGCAGAACUGCUGAAUAUAUUCAGUACAUUGUUGAAUAAAAAGAGACGAAAGAAUCGGAUUGGACAAGAACAACAAAUCCGAUUCUAACAUGGCAAAGAAGCUGUUGCUUUUAGAUGUUGACUGUGGGGUGGAUGAUGCUCAAGCGAUGAUGAUGGCUCUUGCAGCUCCUAAUGUGCAGAUCCUGGGUAUAACAUGUACUCACGGAAACACAGCAAUUGAAAAUGUGUGUAAAAAUGUACUUCGGGUGCUACAACUUUGCAAAAGGAUGGAGAUUCCAGUCUACCGGGGUGCAGGUAACUCUCUCCUUGGAGAACGUCUGCAUGACCCUGCUUACCAUGGAAAGGAUGGGCUGGGUGAUGUUCCAGACCCUAAUGCUCCAGGGCUGGUACACAUUCAAGCUGAGCAUGCGGUGAAUGCCAUGAUAAGAAUAGUCAAUCAGCAUGUUGGUCAGGUCUCUCUUGUUGCUAUUGGACCCCUGACCAAUGUGGCAUUAGCUGCUAAAAUGGAUCCCACUUUUCCUUCAAAGCUGAAAUGUUUGUAUAUCAUGGGAGGAAACAUGGAAGCCAGAGGGAAUGUGAGAGUCUGCAGUGAGUUUAACUUUGUCACUGAUCCAGAAGCAGCUUCCAUUGUUCUCAGCCACUUUACAUGCCCAACUUACAUUGCCACCUUGGAGUACAGUCUCCGCCAUCGAUUACCAUGGGACUUUUUUCAGAAGUGGAUAAAUCAAAAUACUGAGAAAGCUCAAUUCAUGAAGAAGAUAACUGCACAUACUACUGAGUUUACCAAAGGUGAUCAAGGCAGUAAAGAGUUGCAUUUUGGACAAGGGUUUGUGUCCUGUGAUUCAUAUGCAAUGGCUGCUGCGAUUGAUGAGUCUGUUGUCACUGAAGAUGCACGAUAUGGGGUAAGCGUGGAAUUGCAUGGAUCAUUGACCAGAGGGAUGAUGGUUCUGGAUACCCUUGACCUACUGAAACUUAAGAGUAAAGCUGUUGUCUUCUUGAAAUGCGAUAUGGAAAAAUUUAAGCAGCUGUUGAUGAAUGCUCUGAAAUAGGAUGCUGCAGGCUUCAAAUUAAAGGAAAGGGGGGAAAAGUGCCAGGUACAUUUUAUAUAGUGCUAACGAGGAUGUAAAGCCUAACUCUCGGUAAACUUAAUUCAAAUUUAAACAAUAUGCUCAUACAUUCCUAAUAUUAUCUGGCAUGAGUGAAUUUAGCUUCUAAAUGACAAAUGUAACCUGUAAUAGUUAAAAUGUUUGCUCACACUUCCUGACUAAUGCUUAGAAAAUGGUCAAAUAAUAAAUCUGAAUGAAUAUUGUGGAGAGUAGUUUCAUUUCAUUUGGAACUGGGGAGUAUUAAGCAGAACUUUCUUUGGGGGAUUAAAUGGAUGGUGUAGGAAAAAUGGACUGGAAUUUAUAUUUUUGUCACACAUGUUAUAUCAGCUGAGUUUGCCCAGCUUCAACUGCUCUGCUGUGGUUUCAUUCAUGCCUUUGGUACCUCUGGACCUGACUAUUCCAAUGUUCUUCUGUUAGCAUUCUAUCUUUUAUCUUCCAUAAACCUGAGGCCAACCAAACUUUCAUUGCCUGUAUCUUAUCUCCCACGAAGUGCAGUUUAUCGAUCACAAGCCUCCAUCCCCCACCGCCCCAUGCUUGCUGAUCUUUAUUGGCUUCCGGUCCAGCAACACUCCAAUUUUAAAAUUCCCUUCCCUGUUUUCAAAUCCCUCUCGACCUCUGUAACCUUUCAAGGUUUCUGCACUCCUCCAAUUCUAGCCUCUUGCACACCGAUUUUCAUCGCUCUGCUAUUAAUGGUCAUGCCUUCAGCUGCUUGUUUCCCAAGAUCUGGAAUUCUUCCCCUACACCUCUCCACCUCUCUCGUUCCUCCUUUAAAUCCUAUCUAUUUGAUCAAGCUUUUGAUCAGCUAUCCUAAUAUCUUAUGUGGCUCAGGGUCAAAUAUUGUUUGACAGGGUUUCAUUAAAUGCCUUGGGAUGAGUUCCUACAUUAAUGAUGCUGUAUAAAUGGAAGCUGUUUUUAUUGAUUAUUAAGAUGUUAACUAACUCUGAUUAUGCUUUUAGUUCAGAGAUUUGCAUUUUAAGAAUACCAUUAAGAAUACCAUUUACUUUCUUGAACUUGAAAGUUAUCGGAAUGCAAUGUUAGAUAAAUAUAAAUAUAAACCUAUAAAAUUCUAACAGGACUAGACAGGGUAGAUGCAGGAAGGAUGUUCCCAAUGGUGGGGGAGUCCAGAACCAGAGGCAACAGUCUGAGGAUAUGGGGAAGACCAUUUAGGAACGAGAUGAGGAGAAAUUUCUUCAUCCAGAGAGUGGUGAGCCUGUGGAAUUUGCUACCACAGAAAGUAAUUGAGGCCAAAACAUUGUAUGUUUUCAAGAUAUAGCUCUUGGGUUGAAAGAGAUCAAGGAUAUGGGGAGAAAAUGGGAGCAGGCUAUUGAGUUGGAUGAUCAGCCAUGAUCAUGAUGAAUGGUGGAGCAGGCUCGAAGGGCCGAGUGGCCUACUCCUGCUCCUAGUUUCUAUGUUUCACUCAUGUAUGUUGUAAAUCAAUGGAAAAUAAAUGUAGCAUGCAACUAAA